AGGCAGGGGCGCCGGCGAGCGGGCUGGCGGGGCGGCGGUCGCUUGGGAGCGCGUCCGCGGGUGCUGAGCCUCCCCUCCCCAGUCCUUACCUUACGCGGGCGCGUCUCCUCUUGUCCCCCAUCUCGUGCUUUCUCCUUCUCACCUGGCUACUGGUGCUGGUCUCCCAGAGUCCUGGCCUUUCGCCUUCCGCGCGCCUUCUCGUGCCCGAUUCCUCGCCACCUCCGAGUGUCCAUCUGGACCCCGCCUGGGGUCCUCCGAUUCCUCCGGGCUUAACUAAGUAGGGGGAGGGAGGGGCCCAGGUGUGUGUGCAGGCAGCCGGCACCCAGAGCACCUAGAGCCUUAUUUAAUAAAGAUUGGUGGAGUUGCCCUGGAGCCAGGUUAGAGCGAGUGACUCAGGUGUGCCGGCCAGGCUCUGUACCUGGAGCUGAGCUCAGGUGGGUGUGGAAGGGACUGUGCACCUGGCAGACUGGAUGGCUCUGAGCAGUACCUGAGCUUAACUGCCCAUCACAAAUGCCCGAUUUGAUUUCAAAUGUUGCUGCCUCGGGUGUAGAAGAGGCAAUGACCCUGGGCGUCUCUGGGCAGAGGAGGCAGUCUGCCCACAUAACGUAGGGCACCACAGGGGUUCCUCCUCCAGACAUGCUCCACGAGGCGGGCUCCCUGUGGCUGCUUCGGCUGCUCCAGGACAUCCAGCUGGCCCAGUUUUACCGACCCAUCCUUGAGGAGCUUAAUGUUACUCGGCCAGAGCACUUCGACUUUGUAAGACCUGAGGAUCUAGACGGCGUUGGCAUGGGCCGGCCUGCCCAGCGUAGACUGGCUGAAGCUCUGAAGAGGCACCGUUCGGGGCUUAAGUCUAAGAACUGGGUCUACAAGAUGCUUGGGGGCUUUGCCCCAGGGCAGAAGGAGACCACCCCACCCUCAGACAGCCUUCCAUCCCUCCCUGAGCCAGAUGGGGGACUCAAGUGUCUGAUCCCAGACCGGGCUGUGUGCACAGGGGAGCUUCUGGGCUCCGGCUGCUUUGGUGUGGUGCACCGAGGGCUGUGGACACUGCCCAGUGGCAAGACUGUCCCAGUGGCUGUCAAGUCCCUCCGGGUGGGUCCCGGCGGCCCCGAGGGCACUGAGCUAGGGGACUUCCUGCGAGAGGUAUCCAUCAUGAUGAACUUGGAACACCCACACGUGCUGUGUCUGCACGGCCUCGUACUGGGCCAGCCUCUGCAGAUGGUGAGCAGACCCAGACGCCGGCUCCCGGGACAGUCCCGGGGGCCGAUGUGCGACAGGAGGGUGAGCGCCAGGGUCUCGUGGGGCCGGACCACCGCUCACACGGCUGUGCUCCCGCAGGUGAUGGAGCUGGCGCCCCUGGGCUCCCUGCACGCACGCCUGACCGCCCCGGCCCCCACGCCCCCGCUGCCCGUGGCCUUGCUCUGCCUCUUCCUGCGGCAGGUGGUGGGGGCCAUGGCAUACCUGGGGGCCCGCGGGCUGGUGCACCGAGACCUCGCUACGCGCAACUUGCUGCUGGCUUCGCCGCGCACAAUCAAGGUGGCUGACUUCGGGCUGGUGCGGUCGCUGGGCGGCGCCCGGGGCCACUACGUCAUGGGCGGACCCCGCCGCAUCCCCUUCGCCUGGUGUGCGCCGGAGAGCCUGCGCCACGGGGCCUUCUCUUCUGCCUCGGACGUGUGGAUGUUUGGGGUGACGCUGUGGGAGAUGUUCUCCGGGGGCGAGGAGCCCUGGGCCGGGGUCCCGCCGUACCUCAUCCUGCAGCGGCUGGAGAAGGACCGAGCCCGCCUGCGUAGGCCUCCCCUCUGCUCCAGGGCCCUCUACGCCCUCGCCUUGAGCUGCUGGGCCCCCCACCCUGCUGACCGGCCCACCUUUUCCUACCUAGAAGGGCUGCUCCAAGAGGCCUGGCCUCCUGAGGGACGUUGUGUGAGGGAUGUCACAGAGCCCGGUGCCCUGAGGAUGGAGCCUGGUGACCCCAUCACUAUCAUCGAGGGCAGCGCCUCUUCCCACAGCCCCGACUCCACAACCUGGAAGGGCCAGAAUGGUCGCACAUUCAAAGUGGGCAACUUCCCAGCCUCGGCAGUGACGCUGGUAGACUCACCAGCCACCCGUCCAGUCCUCAGAGGCUCCCCUGCCCGGGGAGAGCGACACCAGGGAAACAGAGAUGGGGACAGAGUGAAGGUAAAGCUUCAGGAUCCCCCUCCAGCUCAGGGCCAGAGAAGGAAUGUGGCCUUGCAGAGGAUGAAAGGCAUUUCCAAGAGUCUGGAGUCGGUUCUGUCCCUGGGCCCCCGCCCCACAGGAGGUGGGUCGAGCUCCCCCGAACUUCGACAUGCCAGAACUGUGCCCCAGGGACCCCCAGGCGUGCCCCCCCGCUCCCCCGUGGCCACCAGCUCCUCUUCCCAGCCCAGCCAGCCUCCCAGGGAGCGGCCUCCCUGGCCCAAAAGAGAACCCCUACACAGUCACCCUGUGGGAGUGCCUGGAGCCAGCAAAGCCACCGUCCCCUCUGGGGGACCCUUGCCUGACCCCGAGUUGCAGAGGAGGAUUAUGGAGGUGGAGCUGAGCGUGCAUGGAGUCACCCACCAGGAGUGCCACGAGGCUCUAAGAGCCACCAGGGGUGAUGUGGUUUCUGCCAUCCGGAACCUCAAGGUGGACCAGCUCUUCUACCUCAGCAGCUGGUCCAGAGCGGACUGCCGGCGCAUCCUGGAGCGUUACCAGUGGGACCUCUCAGCCGCCAGUCGCUAUGUCCUGGCCCGGCCCUGAGCUCUGCUCCUUUGGGCACAGACACCAGAUGGACCAAGGGCCUGGUCACGUGGGACCAAGCAGAACCGGAACAAGGUCCUGACAGGGUGCGUUCCCACCUGGGGAGAGCCUGCCAUGGGCAGGUACUGGAGGAGCCCAGGAUUGGGCACUGGUGAGUGUCUCCUCACCCUGCCCGUUGGUCUCUGAGGGCGUGAGCUCCCUUGGCCAUAGAAGGAUCUAGUGCACUCUGCCCACCACAUUCCCAACAAAGGAGGACUUGGAGGAACAGAGCUGUGACACAUCACACGCAUGGGAAGCUUCUAUCGCUACAGAAAAUGAGCAAGAGGCCAUUCUGGGCCACGGGAACAGGCAUCCUGAACUGCCAUCAGCUACUACACUGGGCUCUGUGGGAGCAGCCAUCCUGGAUGACCGGAGCAGCCACCCUGACUUGGGGCAUAUGGACCAAACUGCCUCGGCUUGGUCUGGGGCCAUCAUGGGUGACGAAAGUGGCUCUCUUAGACUCGAGGACACUUGAUCCUGGCAGCAUGGAUUAUGAGAUGGGCCAGCCCCCGCCCAUCCAAGCUGUCAUAUUUCCCUUUGUUUCUUCCCACACCCAACUCUUUCUCCUGCCCUCUCCCAUUACAUACAUCUUCCAAUGUCCAAAAAGUU